UCUGCGUCUGAUCCUGGAAAGUCACAAAGUUCUCAACCAGCGCUUCGGCUCACUUCAUCAUUUUUCAUCACAUUACUUUCUUAAUUUGAUUAAAUAAUUAAUGAACCAUCUCAAAGCCAUCGAAUUACAAUGAGUAGACGCCCGCUCGGGAAAACUGCUCUCGCUUGUCAGAGUGUGUCAAAUAUGGUGAAGUAACUUAGAUCAAGCCUCCUCCCCUCCGGAUCAAACGUGGCAGCAAUGCGGGUUGUUUAUCAGGUCACCAGCAGCACCUCUCUACAGAUCCCUCCUCAGCCUCAGACUCCUGUGUUCAGACACCCAACCCUGCCGGACACCAUCCAGCCUGCCGUGGCCCAGGCCAUCAUCAAUCCCAAACGGGGUAUGGAGGGACCUCUCCAGACUCCACAGACCCCCAGGGCCUGCAGCUCAGGUGGGAAAUCGUGCUGGAGCCUGGAUGUGAGGGUGGUGGUGCUUCUGGUGGCUGUGGCUGGAGUCGUGAUCCUGCUGCUACUCUACAGACUCCUACAGCUCAGACACAGGUUGAGGAUGGCCCGGGCGAUGCACGCUCUGGAGUACCACAGCUUCUUCCACAGCGCCACCUACACCCUCAAACACCCUGAGCCGUGUCUGGACCUACCAGCCAAGAACGGUUUGCUUCCCGAAACUACUCCACCCGUCCACACUGUAAGCCAGGUGAUACCCACUGCUACUGUAACACCACUUCCACCUCCACCAAUGUCUUCUCCACCCCCACUGCCACUCCCCCCACCUCCUGCCCUGCCUCCACCACCACGCCACGCUCCACCUUCUCUCCCUCCAGCAGCGGCCGUCCAGCCCUUCCCUCUCCCCCUGCCUAUGAUCCACACCACCCCACCCAGCCCCCACCUGUCGUGGGGCGCCUGCUCAGAUGUGGAUGUGUACUCUCGGAUUGGAGCUUACAGGCCGUCGAGGCUCUCCAGCAUCUCCAACCAAUCAAAAGUCAUCCUGUUUGAACACUCGUCUCUCUGACCUCUGACCUCAGACACAGAACAGGACCAGACACUUUAAUAUUUGAGAAGACUCUACAUAUUUCGCUAUCCUGGGGUGAUAAAGUGUCUGCAGUAUUUCUUACCAAAGAUGGGACCAAAUCAAAAUAAUGCAUUAGAUUUAUAUACAUCAGUUUUGCUUUUUCAAAUUUGUAUUAAUUUCUUCAAACUUCUUGUAACGAGUGCAAGUGAGCUUCUUGUUGGAACAGUGCACCAACCACGAGGUGCAAACGAUGGAAAAAAACAACCUCAAGUUGGACUUAAAGGUGAGAAUGCUAAAGUUUAAGUUGAUCUUAAAUGAAAAUGACUUAUAGUAUGUCAAUAUAAUAAGGAGUGGGAGUAACAGAGAAGAGUGUUAUAAAGAUAACAAGGUGAUGUUGGUUUUCUUGCAUUAGACAAUUAAAGGAAACAAAAUGUCGGAUUUGUAAAUAUUUUUGAUGCAUAACACCCAAAUAGAAAUAAGGUUGUUGAGUAUAAAACACUGAUAUAACGACUAAAGUUUAAUUGUGUUCUUUAAUCUGGAUAUUUAUUUUCCUCACGUACAAUGUCUUGUUUUUUUGCAGUGUAGCCAUUGUAGCAAAGCCCAUUGUUCCUUCAGAGGAGGCAUUUCCUGAGCUGGUUUUCCUCGGCAGUCCCUCCCUGUUUCACACCAUUCCCUUCACUCAAUGUGUUUCCUCUGACUCUCACUCUGUAUUUGACUUGCCUUGCAUUUUUGUCCACUUAUCUUAAAGUCUGAAUUGAAAUUGCAGAAUUUCAGAUGUUUCCAUUUGUCUCUUGACAAUGUUUAAAAACACAUUGCAGCAACAGCAAAUAUAUAAUAGGUGCAACUUCUGAAUUAUUUAAUCCUUCAUAACAGAACAUUUAUGGAUUAGUACUGAUUGAUCGUUCUCUUAAAUAACCUUGUUGCCUGCGAAUAAGCCAGUUCCUCUAACUGGAUCUUCAUAUAGGACUGGGAUAGACAAACUAUUGUCAUGAUAAAGAGGCAUUUUCAUGCCUUGCUUACAACACUCACACUCCCCGCUCAGAAGGAUUUGUAAGAUGUCUAUUUUUAAUCCACAAUAUGUCUGAUGACAGCGUGCAAAUUGCUCUUGCGCUGUCAAUCCCUUGUGUAUUGCCUGUGGAAAAGACAGAAAAAUUCCUUUUUGUGCUUCCCUCACUUUAGUUUCUCUACUCGUACAUGAUUUGCUUCUCUAAACAGCCAAUCCAGCAUAAUAUAUUAUAACCCGUUGGCAGGUGUCUAAGUAGAUAAUAAAUAACAAAGACCACAAAGAUAGUUUUUCAUUAUUACAUUUGUGAAAAGUUUUUACAGUUUUUAAUCUGAAUAUUUUUGACCUCCCAUAAACGUAACAAAUCCCUGUUACAUUUGCAGGAAAAUAUGUAUCCCAUUUGUAGUAGGUAACUGCUAUUACUGUAUGUUUGCUGGAUAAUAACUU